UCUCCGGUGGUCCUCUCGGCCCUGGAGUCAGCAUCUCUCACUCUCCGACCUACAGCACAGGACUACGCUCAGCCCAGAGGAGGAACAUGUUGCUUCAGAAACUGUUUGUUUGGAUCCUGUCCGUCCUGUGUGGCACCGACGUGUGUCGUGGUUUUGUCUACGACCGGCACAGACGCUCCGGAGAGGACGGGACUUCCGCCAGAUCAGAGUCUCGCUCUGCGUCUCAGUACGCGCCAACCUCCGGCUCCUGCAGGAGCAGGUGUUUCGAGCUGGUUGAGCUGGAGCCGCCAAACUGCCGCUGUGACAACCUGUGCAAGACCUUCAACGGCUGCUGCUAUGACUUCGAUCAGCUCUGCCUUCGGACAGAGGGGGGUUACGAGUGCAGCAAAGAUCGGUGUGGGGAGACUCGGAAUGAACAACAUGCCUGCCACUGCUCCGAUGACUGUCUGGCCAGAGGAGACUGUUGUACCAACUACAAGACACUGUGCAAAGGGGACACUUCAUGGCUGCAAGACGAGUGUGAAGAGAUCAAGACAUUUCAAUGCCCUGCUGGGUUUGUGCGCCCGCCACUCAUCAUGCUGUCAGUGGAUGGAUUUAGAGCUUCUUAUGUGAAGAGAGGAAACACAGUCCUCCCCAACAUCGAGAAACUGAGAACAUGUGGAACCCAUGCACCAUACAUGAGGCCUGUUUACCCCUCAAAAACCUUCCCCAACCUCUACUCACUGGCUACGGGUCUCUACCCAGAGUCUCACGGUAUCAUCGGCAACUCCAUGCAUGACCCCAUGUUUGAUGCCACCUUCACCCUGAGAGGCCGAGAGAAGCUCAAUCAUCGCUGGUGGGGAGGACAGCCGAUCUGGAUUACAGCGCUUAAACAGGGAGUGAAGGCUGCCACCUUCUUCUGGCCUGUUGCUAUCCCUUUGGAGAGGCGAAUGCUGACCAUGCUGCAGUGGCUCCACCUCCCUGGAGGGGAGAGGCCCUACAUUUACGCCAUGCACUCUGAACAACCAGACACAUACGGACACAAAGUGGGGCCCAUGAGCACAGAAUUGAACAACCCUCUGCGGAUGAUUGACAGGAUAGUCGGCCAAAUGAUGGAUGGACUCAAACAGAUGAAACUGCACCGCUGUGUCAACAUCAUCCUGGUGGGGGAUCAUGGUAUGGAAGAGGCGCACUGUGAUCGCACCGAGUUCCUCAGCAACUACAUGACCAACGUUGAUGACAUCAUCCUCGUCCCCGGGUCUCUUGGCAGAAUACGCUCAAGAUACACCAACAACCCUAAAUAUGACCCAAAGGCUGUUGUUGCAAAUCUAACAUGUAAGAAGGCAGACCAGCACUUUAAGCCGUACUUGAAGCAGCACCUGCCUAAGAGACUCCACUACGCCAACAACCGGCGCAUCGAAGAGAUUCACCUGCUGGUGGAGAGGAAGUGGCAUGUAGCCAGGAAAGUUCCUGAAGGGAAGAGGCACUGUGGCUUCGCUGGUGACCAUGGAUAUGACAAUAAAAUCAACAGCAUGCAGACUAUUUUCUUGGGGUACGGACCAACAUUUAAAUUCAAGACUAAAGUUCCAGCCUUUGAAAACAUUGAACUUUAUAAUGUCAUGUGUGAUCUUCUGGGUCUGAAACCAGCUCCCAAUAAUGGAACCCAUGGCAGUCUGAAUCACCUGCUGAGAAGCCCCCCCUACAAGCCCACCAUGCCAGAGGAGCUUUCCAGGCCAGCAGCCUCUGGUCUUGGUUCUGCAGGAACGGACGAUCUGGGCUGCAGCUGCGAAGAUAAGAACAAAGUGGAGGAGUUAAACCAGCGACUGAGGCAAGCUAUGGAUGACAGCAGGAACUUGCCGUAUGGGCGACCUGCUGUUCUCUUCCGUACCAAGUACUCCAUCCUCCACCACAGUGACUACAUCAGCGGCUACAGCGAGGCGCUCUCGAUGCCUCUCUGGACAUCGUACGCCGUCGGCAGACAGGUAGAAGUAUCCCCUCUUCCUGAAGCCCUGUCCAACUGUGUGAGACCUGAUACCAGAGUCCCUCCAGCCUACAGUCAGUCAUGUACCAACUACAGAGCAGAGAAACAGAUCACCUACGCCUUCCUGUACCCACCACAAUUCUCCACAACCAUGGACAAAAAAUAUGACGCCGUCCUCAUCACCAACACCGUCCCCAUGUAUCCUGCAUUCAAGAGAAUAUGGAGUUACUUCCAGAGAGUGCUAGUGAAGAAAUACGCCACUGAGAGAAAUGGAGUCAACGUGCUCACUGGACCCAUAUUUGACUACGACUACGAUGGCGUCAGGGACUCCGCCGACAAGAUAAAAGAGUACGUAAGUGGGGUGACACCUGUGCCCACGCACUUCUUUGUGGUUCUGACCAGUUGCUUAGACUUCACACAGGCUGCAGACUCGUGUAGCGGCCCGCUCAGCAGCGCAGCCUUCAUCCUGCCGCACAGAGCCAGCAAUGACGAGACCUGCAACAGCUCAGAGGACGAGUCUCGCUGGGUGGAGGACCUGAUGAAGAUGCACACGGCUCGAGUCAGAGAUGUGGAGAUCCUGACAGGCUUGGACCUGUACCGCAAAACAACCCGGAGCUACGGCGAAGUCCUCUCGCUGAAGACCUACAUGCACACGUACGAGAGCGAGAUCUGACACCCCCUGUCAACAACCGUGGUGGAUGUAUGUGGUACAAGGAGGAGGUUCUGUCACCUCCGUUACACUGACCCACACCAGCUUCAGGCUCUCGCUGGACGCUAUGGCUGCCGUGUGCGGCUGCUCUGCUGUGACCCUUUCACUGGGCAUCCGGUUUCAUCUCAUUCCUCUCUUCCAUCUGUUCAGACACAGCAUUGACCACCACUGAGGAACCGUCCACUUUAUUCUGUUGAGCAGCAGGGAAGUAAAGCAAUUCUUCAUGGUCGGCACUCAGAUUCAAUGAAUGACAUCAAACUUGAACUCUAAAUUGGCUCAAAUUGAAUCUAGACCAGUAAUUAUUUUGUUUGUCAUAAUAUGUCAAAAACAGAAAAACAUUCAAGUGCAAUAAAGUGUUUUGUUUGCUAUAAUAUCUUCAUCUGCUCUUUGAGAUUGUUUACUUUGUUUUAAUCUUUGGCAAGAGAGUGUUACAGAUGGAUUUAUUAGUACAAAUAAGAACCACAAGAUCAAAUAAUAAUUCAGGACUGAUUGCCCGGUAUACAUACUUUGUAUUAAUUGUCAUCAUCUAGUAACAACAAUAACAGUUGUUGAGGGUUUUUUUGUAUAGGUAAUAGAUGUGAACAAUAUUCGAUGUUUGUCAAAAUGAUUACAUGUUCAAAGUGUUGGAAGAAUUUUUAAUUGCGCUACAAAACCAAAAUCCAGACAAAACAUUACUUCAGUGUCAAGUGUUUUCAGUUUUCAGUUACCUAGCAACAUGACAUUGAUCCACUCUGUCUAUUCUACACUAUGAACAGAUGAUGUUCUUUUUUUUUUAAUGAAAUGAUAAUGCAAUGUGUGCGCGUGUGUGUGUGUGUUGACUUUUUGUUCCGUGCGCGAUAACAAUAACGUCAGUGAUGAUGAUGAAUUGAUGUGUUCCCUAAAACAUUUACCACCUGUGAGACCUAUUCAUGCU